ACGCUGCCAGCCCGGGACCCGCGGCCGCAGAGGGAGGGCGUUCCUCGGUGUCCCUCGCCGCGCCGACCCGGGACUCGCGUUGUGUCGCCUUGUCCCAGGGCUAAGGGGUAGCGAACAGCCAGGGUCCCAGCCCCACUUCUCCAUCUCUCGCUAGAUCGAGGCCUAACGAGCGAAAGUUACAGUCGCUGCUCAAAAGGGAGAAUCCGGGUUGCCAGUCUUCUGGUUUAAGAGGUUACUAUAAAGAAAACUUCUGAGAAAAUGUUGGAGUAGGCAUUACCAACACAUUGGAUUUAUUGGAUGAAAUACAAGAAGUUAAUUUUUGUGACGUGCGGGAAGCCCCCCCAGUGCCAGAUUACAUGUGUAAAUCACUGCGUUACUGCGUUAGUCACUGUCUCUAUCUAGCAAUGACGAGGCUGGAAGAAGUAAAUAGAGAAGUGAACAUGCAUUCCUCCGUGCGCUAUCUCGGCUAUCUAGCCAGAAUAAACUUACUGGUGGCUAUAUGUUUAGGCCUUUAUGUAAGAUGGGAAAAAACAGCCAAUUCCUUAAUUUUGGUGAUUUUUAUUCUCGGCCUUUUUGUUCUUGGGAUCGCCAGCAUACUCUACUAUUACUUUUCAAUGGAAGCAGCAAGUUUAAGUCUCUCCAAUCUCUGGUUUGGGUUUCUGCUUGGCCUUCUGUGUUUUCUUGAUAAUUCAUCCUUUAAAAGUGAUGUGAAAGAAGAAACAACCAAAUACUUGCUUCUGACAUCUAUAGUAUUAAGGAUAUUGUGUGCUUUGGUGGAGAGAAUUUCUGGAUAUGUCCGCCAUCGGCCUACUUUACUAACCACAGUAGAGUUUCUGGAACUUGUUGGGUUUGCCAUCGCCAGCACAACUAUGUUGGUGGAGAAGUCUCUGAGUGUAAUUUUGCUUGUCAUGGCUUUGGCCAUGCUCAUUAUCGACCUGAGAAUGAAGUCUUUCCUAGCUAUUCCAAACUUAAUCAUUUUUUCAGUAUUGUUAUUUUUCUCUUCAUUGGAAACUCCCCAAAAUCCAAUUGCUUUUGCAUGUUUUUUUAUUUGCCUGAUAACUGAUCCUUUUCUUGACAUUUAUUUUAGUGGACUUUCAGUAACUGAAAGGUGGAAACCAUUUCUGUACCGCGGGAGACUUUGCAGGAGAUUUUCAGUGCUUUUCGCUGGAAUGAUUGAGCUUACAUUCUUCAUUCUUUCAGCAUUUAAGCUUAGAGACACUCAUCUCUGGUAUUUCGUGAUACCGGGUUUUUCCAUUUUUGGAAUUUUCUGGAUGAUUUGCCAUAUUAUUUUUCUGUUAACUCUUUGGGGAUUUCAUACCAAAUUAAAUGACUGCCAUAAAGUGUUUAUCAACCACCGGGCGGAUAACAAUAGCCUUGAUAGAGUCAUGGCAUCCAAAGGGAUGCGUCAUUUUUGCUUAAUUUCGGAGCAGUUAGUUUUUUUUAGUCUUCUCGCAACAGCAAUUUUGGGAGCAGUCUCCUGGCAGCCCACAAAUGGAAUCUUCUUGAGCAUGUUUCUUAUUGUUUUGCCACUCGAGUCCAUGGCUCAUGGGCUCUUCCAUGAACUAGGUAACUGCUUAGGAGGAACCUCUGUUGGAUAUGCUAUUGUGAUCCCUACCAACUUCUGCAGUCCUGAUGGCCAGCCAACACUGCUUCCACCAGAACAUGUACAGGAGUUAAAUUUGAGGUCUACUGGCAUGCUCAAUGCCAUCCAAAGAUUUUUUGCAUAUCAUAUGAUUGAGACCUAUGGAUGUGACUAUUCCACCAGUGGACUGUCUUUUGAUACUCUACAUUCCAAACUGAAAGCUUUCCUUGAACUUCGGACAGUGGAUGGACCUAGACAUGACACAUAUGUUUUAUAUUAUAGUGGGCACACCCAUGGCUCAGGAGAGUGGGCUCUAGCAGGUGGAGACAUACUUCGCCUUGAUACGCUUUUAGAAUGGUGGAGAGAAAAGAAUGGUUCCUUCUGUUCCCGGCUUAUCAUCAUCUUAGACAGCGAGAAUUCAACCCCAUGGGUGAAAGAAGUGAGAAAGAUUAAUGACCAGUACGUUGCAGUUCAGGGAGCCGAGCUGGCAAAGACAGUAGAUAUUGAAGAAGCUGACCCGCCACAGCUGGGGGACUUUACUAGAGACUGGGUAGAGUACAACUGUAACUCCACAAACAACAUCUGCUGGACUGAGAAGGGACGCACAGUGAAGGCCGUGUAUGGUGUGUCAAAGCGCUGGAGUGACUACACUCUGCACCUGCCGACAGGAAGUGAUGUGGCCAAGCACUGGAUGUUACACUUCCCGCGUAUUACAUAUCCGUUAGUGCAUUUGGCAAACUGGUUAUGUGGCCUGAACCUCUUUUGGAUCUGCAAAGCUUGUUUUAGAUGCUUGAAAAGAUUAAAAAUGAGUUGGUUUCUUCCUACAGUGCUGGACACAGGACAAGGCUUUAAACUUGUCAAAUCUUAAUUUGGACAUCAAGGAAGGAUAUUAUUGAGAGUUCAUGUUACCAUUUGUCAGUAACUUGCCAUUUUUUGUAUGCUGUAUUUUUAUUUGUGGAAAGUAUCUUGCUACAUUUGUAGCUGCUCUCAUUUUGUCUUUUCUUAAAUAAUUAUGGGAUGUGUAAGAUAUUGGGAAUAUGCAUGAUUUUAUACUAAAAUAUACAGAGGGUCAUAAAAAUGCUGAAUGUAAACAUGUAAGAGAUGUUAAAAGUGACUGUGCACUUUCAGAUAACUUUCUGUUUGUCUCCAAGGAAAAGAAACACAGGUGUCUGUGCUCUGGAGUGGCCAAUGGACAGUUUCUAAUGCCUUAUUUUCUAGGCAUACAUUAGAGAAUGUAGACCAGACAAAUGUGUUUUAAGAGAACUACCAAUUUACUUAAAAGAAGAUUCUUUGAUGUGUGUGAUUCAGAUAGGUUUGACCCCAAGACUGCAGAAGUAUAAAUUCUUAGAGCAGGAAGAGACCUGCUCAUAAUGACUGCAAAAUGCCCUUUCUCCACCACACCCAAAUGUCUUGGCUCUGACCUUUACCAGUAUAGCAUAAAAGCCCCAACUGCCUUUGAGAUGGAAGCAUCUUUAAUGUGGGUAAAAUUGAGAGCUUAGAGGCUACAAAGUAUUCCUUCAUCGAUAGUGAGGGACUUUGAAAAUACUGGUAAUUUUAAGAGUCCUUCUCAGGGUAAUUUUGUUUUCUUAAUGAGUAAUAUUUCCAGCUACAAAUUCCUUUCAAGUAAAUUGCCAUUCGUUUCAAAAAGUACACUUACAAAAUAAAUGUAUCAGUUUCUCGUUGACCAAUUCAUCCUGUCUUAAGUAUUUCUGAGGAGUUAGUACUCUGCCAUGAAACUACUUUUCAGAUCCUAUUGUAAUAACUUUUUUCUGCUGAGGGUCAAAGGAUGGGAACAGAUCAUUUUGUUGUUGUAUACCUGUAUUGUAUUAUGUAAAAAAGUAUUCAUUUUGGCAAUUUUAGGUAAGCAUAAUGGUGUGGUUGUAAUUUGUAAACUUUAAUUCAGUGUUUUGUUGAAUUUAAUUCAGUAAAGUAGGCACUGAUCAAGAUAUCUCCUUAAGAGGUAAAUCACUUCCUGUUCCCUUCCAAUAAUCCUUACGUUCUAGAUUUUCAUCUUUGGAAAAGGGAGGUAUAAUUAAAUUGGAAAUUAGACUUUGUUACCAUGGUGACCUCUCACCAUUGAAGCCAUUUUUCCAUGCCCAGAGAGAGAAGGUAACAAAUGCAUCUACCAUUUUCUACCGAUGACUUGAAAACUGAUGUUUUCUUUAGAAAGAAGUCACACCAUCAGGGAACUUGUAUACCGCUAUCUAUGCAGCAUUGCUACAGCCUAUUUCUAUGUUUUGAAUAUCGUACUCUUAAUACUUUGAAUAAUAUUUUGUUAAAAAUUAAUUUUUCAUUUAAUGUGAAAUUAAGAGUUCCUGAAUAUUUUACUGUAUUAAAAGUGGAAGUUAUACAAAAUGCCUUUGCUUUAGAGUUUAUGUUUGGUGGCAAGUUGAUUUGAAAAUAUUUCCUUAUUCCAGAAUACUGAAGAAUAGAUACAAUAUUGGAAAUUAGUGGCAUCCUAUAUACAAUAUUUUUUAUAAAAUGGAUCUUGUUUUACAGCUUGAAAUACAGAUAGUAAAUUUGACUGAAUAAAUCAUUUAUUUGUAUGCAUCUGGAAUUUUCAGCUGGGUGCCAUUUUAAAUCAGUUUUGUAUGAUUUUUUAGGUUCUUCAGGUCCACAACUAAAUAAGGAAAAUAGCGUUGAGAUUUUAACUUGCUGUAUACAUUUAUGUGCAUCAGUAGCUAGGCUUCCCUGCCUAAGCAGAAAGACAUUGCUCUGGCUCUAAUCUUUCAAUGCCUUUCUUCCUUCCCAUAUGAAACAACUCUGUAUAUGGCCAUGGGUAUAGUUUAUGAUCUAAAUAUUCUAAGUAUUUCUCUACACUUGAUUUUAUUACAUCUUUCCAAACGCUCUUAAUAAUUUAAUAUAAAAAUUUGUAUUUUAUAAAUGAUGAAACUAGGGCAGUG